AUGAGUGAAGUAAUUGCUGGAUCUGAUCCUUCAACAGAAGCAAAUACUGGCUUUGAUGCCAGUCGUAUUGCAAAAGUUAAAGCAUGGCUUGUAUCUCAAUUUGAUGCAGCUAGAAAAGAUGUCUCUGAUUUUGAGUAUACUCCUCAAAGCAUUGCUCAUUUACAUAACCUUGCCAACAUCUCCCAAGAAAAAACUCAAGCUGCUGGCAUUGUUGCAAAGGACUUCUGCCAGAAAGCAUCUGAGUAUCAUUCCCAAGGUAGAACACUUGCGCAACUGGAAGAUGAUGUAGCUCCUUGUGAGGCUCAAAUGGAAAGCUAG